AUCUUUUGGAGUCUUACAUUUUCGGGUGUUUUGCAUCAAAAGAGAAAUCUUAAACUAGGUACAGGCCGGCGUAUACUAACACUCCAAAAGACGCAAAUUCAAUUCCUUUAGAACCUAUAGAACCUCUCAAUUCUCAUACGCAAAUUCGUCACUCAUACGCUAAUUCCAAAGCUCGAAUUGCAGGUUGUAUGAUGGAUCCUAUGGACAUAGUUGGUAAGGCAAAAGAAGACGCUUCACUUCCAAAAGCGACAAUGACUAAAAUCAUAAAGGAGAUGCUGCCCCCAGAUGUUCGUGUGGCUAGAGAUGCUCAAGAUUUAUUAAUUGAAUGUUGUGUUGAGUUCAUAAAUCUUGUUUCAUCAGAAUCAAAUGAUGUUUGCAACAGAGAAGAAAAACGAACAAUUGCACCAGAGCAUGUACUUAAGGCUUUGGAGGUACUUGGUUUUGGGGAGUACAUUGAAGAAGUUUAUGCUGCAUAUGAACAACAUAAAUUGGAGACAAUGCAAGAUGGUGUUCGAGGUGGUGGGAAGUGGGGCAACAGUGCGGAGAUGACUGAGGAAGAAGCUGCUGCUGAGCAGCAAAGGAUGUUUGCGGAGGCUCGUGCAAGAAUGAAUGGGAAUGCACCUCUUCCCAAACAAGAUACUGACCCUACUCCAGAGAGCUAACUUUUAGGAUCUUAGAUCUUUCUUCCUUUUGGAUCAUAGCUGAAAGCACCCAUUAACAUCUUUCUGUGCAUCUGGCCUCAUUUUAUUGUACAAAGCUUUUGAGGCAAGGGUUUGUGGCCUGUGUUUAAAGCUUCAAACAUUUGUAUCUCACCAAUUGGUCUGUUCAUAAAUGAAUAUAAUUAGUGAGAGCAUUUCACCACCUUGGCGGUCAGAUGCUCUUAGAGGGUAAAUAUUGUCAUCAAUGGGGGAUUGGAUUCUACCGAUGUAGUGUUUCCUUGGUAAAGGGAAUGACUCCUUAGUAUUUUCCAGUUAUUGCUGGCUGUAGUCGAGCCACAUAAAGUGUAGAAUUAUUCAUCUUUCCUCUUUUUUGUAUUUUGUUUUUCAGUAAUGCCUUGAAUGCAGAGAAUUAAGAGAAAUAUGUUUUC